AUGCUCAGGCGAUCUGCAGGCAGCCGGGCACCUCGGCCAGAACGGGCCGAGUGUGAGGAGACUCAGGCGGUCUGCUGGCAGCCGGGCACCUCGGCCAGCACGGCCGGGCACCUCGGCCAGCACGGGCCGGGUGUGAGGAGACUCAGGCGGUCUGCUGGCAGCCGGGCACCUCGGCCAGCACGGGCCGGGUGUGAGGAGACUCAGGCGGUCUGCUGGCAGCCGGGCACCUCGGCCAGCACGGGCCGGGUCCGGGCACCUCGGCCAGAACGGGCCGAGUGUGAGGAGACUCAGGCGGUCUGCUGGCAGCCGGGCACCUCGGCCAGAACGGGCCGGUGUGAGGAGACUCAGGCGGUCUGCUGGCAGCCGGGCACCUCGGCCAGCACGGCCGGGCACCUCGGCCAGAACGGGCCGGGUGUGAGGAGACUCAGGCGGUCUGCUGGCAGCCGGGCACCUCGGCCAGCACGGGCCGGGUGUGAGGAGACUCAGGCGGUCUGCUGGCAGCCGGGCACCUCGGCCAGCACGGGCCGGGUCCGGGCACCUCGGCCAGCACGGGCCGGGUGUGAGGAGACUCAGGCGGUCUGCUGGCAGCCGGGCACCUCGGCCAGCACGGGCCGGGUCCGGGCACCUCGGCCAGCACGGGCCGGGUGUGAGGAGACUCAGGCGGUCUGCUGGCAGCCGGGCACCUCGGCCAGCACGGGCCGGGUGUGGGAAGACUCAGGCGGUCUGCUGGCAGCCGGGCACCUCGGCCAGCACGGGCCGGGUGUGAGGAGACUCAGGCGGUCUGCUGGCAGCCGGGCACCUCGGCCAGCACGGGCCGGCUGUGAGAAGACUCAGGCGGUCUGCUGGCAGCCGGGCACCUCGGCCAGCACGGGCCGGCCGGGCACCUCGGCCAGCACGGGCCGGCCGGGCACCUCGGCCAGCACGGGCCGGGUCCGGGCACCUCGGCCAGCACGGGCCGGGUGUGAGGAGACUCAGGCGGUCUGCUGGCAGCCGGGCACCUCGGCCAGCACGGGCCGGGUCCGGGCACCUCGGCCAGCACGGGCCGGGUGUGAGAAGACUCAGGCGGUCUGCUGGCAGCCGGGCACCUCGGCCAGCACGGGCCGGGUGUGA